GUGCAGCUCAGCCCUUCACACAUCAGCCUGUAUCUGCAGGAAGCAGCUCAGCCCGGACUGUCUCCAGCCCUCACUGAGGAGGACCAUGGGGUGCCCGGAGACAGCCUGAAGCCCCCAGGAGUUCCAUGGGAUUGUAGCCGGAGUCAGAGCCGGGAAUGCCUCUGUUCGGGAUAAACUGUGGGAGGGAGAAAGAAGAAGAGAAAGAGAGGCGACUGCGAGCAAACGACCGCGAAUUCAACCUCAAAUUCAAGUAUGCGACCAAUGCAAUCAAGACCUCAAAAUACAAUGUCUUCACCUUCCUUCCUCUCAACCUCUUCGAGCAGUUCCAGCGAGUGGCCAACGCCUACUUCGUCUUUCUUCUGAUCCUGCAGCUCAUUCCUCAAGUGUCUUCCCUGUCGUGGUUCACUACAGUAGUCCCAUUGGUAUUGGUGCUGACUGUGUCUGCUGUUAAAGAUGCCACCGAUGACUAUUAUCGACACAAAAGUGACAAUCAGGUUAAUAAUCGGACAGUUCAAGUACUUAGUAAAGGAGGGUUUACGAAUGAAAAAUGGAUGAAAGUGCAGGUGGGCGACAUCAUAAAACUGGAAAACAACAACUUUGUUACGGCAGAUCUGCUGUUACUUUCCAGCAGCGAACCCAACAGCCUGGUAUACAUCGAGACGGCUGAGCUAGAUGGAGAGACUAAUCUAAAGGUGAAGCAGGCCCUCACCAUAACAGGAGACCUCGGAGAGAAACUGGCAGAACUCUCGCAGUUUGAUGGUGAAAUUGCUUGUGAGGCCCCAAAUAACAGACUGGACACCUUCACUGGGACCCUAACCUACAAGGGGGACAAAUAUUCUCUGGACAAUGGAAAAAUCUUGCUGCGUGGCUGCACUAUUAGAAACACAGAAUGGUGCUUUGGGAUGGUCAUAUUUGCAGGACCUGACACGAAACUGAUGCAGAACAGUGGCCGGACCACCCUAAAAAGGACCAGCAUUGACCGACUCAUGAAUAUCCUUGUCCUCUGGAUCUUUGGCUUCCUGGCGUUUAUGUGCAUUAUCCAGGCUAUUGGGAAUGCAAUUUGGGAAAGCAAACAGGGCUACUACUUCCAGGUGUAUCUUCCAUGGGCAGAAGGUGUCAACAACGCAGCCUUCUCCGGGUUCCUCAUGUUCUGGUCAUAUGUCAUUAUCCUCAAUACCGUGGUGCCUAUUUCACUCUAUGUUAGUGUUGAAAUCAUUCGUCUUGGAAACAGCUUCUAUAUCAAUUGGGACCGUAAGAUGUAUUACCCAAAAAAGGACACUCCAGCAGAAGCUCGCACCACCACCCUCAAUGAAGAGCUGGGCCAGAUAAAAUACAUCUUCUCCGACAAGACUGGGACUCUCACUCAGAACAUCAUGACCUUCAAUAAGUGUUCUAUAAACGGCAAUUCAUAUGGUGAUGUAUUUGACUAUGCAGGAAAUAGACUGGAAAUAAAUGAGUACACAGAAAAGGUGGACUUUUCCUUCAACCCUCUGGCCGAUCCCAAGUUCUUUUUUCACGAUCACAGAUUGGUGGAAUCAGUGAAGAUGGAAGACACGGCCACACACGAGUUCUUCCGGCUUCUGGCAUUGUGUCACACUGCGAUGUGUGAGGAGAAAAAACAAGGUGAACUGGUCUAUCAGGCACAGUCGCCGGAUGAGGGGGCGCUGGUCACUGCCGCCAGGAACUUUGGCUUUGUGUUUUACUCUCGUACCCCAGAAACCAUCACAGUGGUGGAAAUGGGGAAAACCAAGUUGUACGAUUUAUUGGCCAUAUUGGACUUCAACAAUGAACGCAAAAGGAUGUCAGUGAUUGUACGAAGCCCGGAGGGCCGCCUGACCUUGUACUGUAAGGGAGCUGACACCAUUGUGUAUGAACUUCUUGACCGUUCCAGUGAAGACUUGAAGGAAGUAACCACUGAUCAUCUGAAUGAGUUUGCUGGCGAAGGUUUGCGCACCUUGGUUCUAGCCUACAAGGAUUUGGAUAAGGUCUACUUUAACGACUGGAAAAAGCGGCACCAUGAAGCGAGUACAUCUCUGGAGGAUCGGGAGGAGAAGUUGUGUGCGCUGUAUGAGGAGAUUGAGAAAGACUUGAAGUUAAUAGGAGCUUCUGCUAUAGAAGAUAAACUACAAGAUGGCGUCCCCCAGACCAUUGAGAUUCUCACAAAAGCCAACAUUAAAAUAUGGGUGCUCACCGGAGACAAGCAAGAAACUGCUGAGAACAUCGGAUACUCAUGCAACAUGCUCCAAGAUGAGAUGAAGGAGAUUUUUAUCGUUAAAGGCACCAGUCCCCAGGAGGUUCUGGAGGAGCUAAGGACGGCACGGAGGAAGAUGAAUCCUGAUUCCUUUAUGGGCAAUUGCGAUGUGAAUGUGCAGAUAAAGAAAGGUUUAAAGAAGUCUCAAGUGAUUCCAGACGACGAGCUGAAAGGAGAAGACACAUACGGAAUUCUCAUCAAUGGCCACAGUCUGGCUUAUGCCCUGGAGGACAAUAUGGAGGUGGAGCUUCUGAGGACGGCCUGCAUGUGUCAGGCGGUCAUAUGUUGUCGUGUGACUCCUCUGCAGAAGGCUCAAGUGGUGCAGCUGGUGAAGAAGUAUAAAAAGGCGGUGACAUUGGCCAUAGGAGACGGAGCUAACGAUGUCAGUAUGAUCAAGACGGCUCACAUCGGAGUGGGAAUCAGUGGGCAAGAGGGGAUGCAAGCCGUGCUGUCCAGUGACUUCUCCUUUGCCCAAUUUCGAUACCUGCAGCGCCUCCUCCUGGUGCACGGCCGCUGGUCCUAUAACCGCAUGUGCCAGUUCCUGAGAUACUUUUUCUACAAAAAUUUCACCUUCACCCUUGUUCAUUUCUGGUAUGGAUUCUUUUGUGGCUUCUCUGCUCAGACUGUAUACGAUCAGUGGUUCAUCACCAUGUACAAUCUGGUGUACACCUCACUGCCGGUGCUGGGGAUGAGUCUAUUUGAUCAGGAUGUGGACGACCGCUGGAGCAUGGAGUAUCCGCAGCUGUAUGAGCCCGGCCAGCUAAACCGUUACUUUAAUAUAAAGGAGUUUGUGAAGUGUGUGAUCCACGGCAUCUACAGCUCCCUCGUUCUGUUCUUUGUGCCUUAUGGAGCCUUGUACGACACAGUGCGAGAUGACGGCAAAGCCAUAUCUGACUACCAGUCCUUUGCCUUGAUGGCUCAGACCUGCCUGCUGCUUGUGGUGUCUGCACAGAUUGCUCUGGACACAACUUACUGGACAGCAGUCAACCAGUUCUUCAUCUGGGGCAGUUUGGCCGUGUUCUUUGCCAUCAGUUUCACCAUGUAUAGUGACGGCAUGUACCUGAUCUUCACAGGCUCAUUCCCCUUCAUUGGCACGGCUCGUAAUACUCUAAACCAGCCCAGCAUCUGGCUUGCCAUCUUCCUGACCAUGGUGCUCUGUGUCCUGCCAGUGGUGGCCUACAGAUUCCUGAGGUCACAGCUGAAACCAACAUUCAAUGACAGGAUUCAGAAAAAGAUCAGGGAAGCAAAAAAGCGCCCAAUUCCGCCACCACGCAGAGCCCGGAUACGCCGCACCAGCUCCCGCCGGUCUGGUUACGCCUUCUCCCAUACACAGGGUUACGGAGACCUCAUUACUUCAGGCAAAACCUUCCGUUCCAAGAUACCUUUCCACCAAACAGGGAAAUUCUCCCCCAAUGAGAGAAGUCGGAAUUACAACUGAGGGCAGAAUAACGCCAAUCCGUGGCUAUGAAUGUCACCACGCCCCGAGAAAGGAAGGGACAAAACAUCAGGGCUGGUUUUCGACUUUUCUUAUCAUGCAGCUAGUUGUGGGUGAACAAGACUGGAUAAAAAGUCAUAUAUGCCAGUGGCCUCCAUGUUUACGUCAUGCAGUGGCCAUCUUGGAUCUGGGAUUUUAAAGGGACAGCAGCUGUUUACUAAAGAUUUGUAUUAUUUAAAUGUAACAUUUCCGAGCAUCAGUGCCAAGCAUCUGACCACACAGGGAUCUACACAUUGCCAAAGGACGAUAAAGCCUAUUUUUGUAACGCGUUCUAUGGACCUCAGCAUCCUCGUGGCCUUCUUCUCUUACCGAAAACCGUUUAACUUGCCUUAAUUUUUCUUUUCAGCCUAAGGCCUCAUGCACACGAUCGUAUGUCUUUUA